AUGAUAAUCAGAGAUAAAUAGAAAGAUAGAUAGAUACAUAAAUCAGUCAAUUAAUCAAUUUCUCAUUUCAAUUCAAAACAAAAAAAAUAUUUAAUUAAUUAAAGAGAAAUAAUCUCAAAAUAUUAAAUUAUGUUAGAUAGUAGUUUUAAAUUUGUUUUACUCAUUUUUUUAUCUCUUUGUAUUAAGUAUUGCUAAGUUUGCAAAUACGAUGAAUUCUAUUAAGGUAAAGGUGUGUGCAAUAAGUGUGAUUCUAGUUGUGUUUCUUGUUUUGGGGCAGAUAAAACUGACUGUUUUAAAUGCAAAGGCUAUAAGUAUUAAUAAAUGUGCUUAGAUAUUUGUCCAGCUGGAUAUUAUGAAGAUAAUUAAACAUAAAAUUGUGCUAUCUGUAAUAUACCAUUUUGUAAAUAAUGUAUAGACAAAAAUAAAUGUGAAGCUUGUGAAAAAGGUUUCUAACUUUCUAUAUCAAAAGUUGAAUGCGUUUUCUCUGUCAGCAAUUAAUCUAGAUAUGCAUACUUUAAUUAUACUACGAAUUAAAUAGUAGAAGUUGAAAAAUGUCCAGACAAUUUAGAGUAAAACGAAGAAUAACAUAUUUGUAAAUACCCUAAAAUAUGUUCACAAGAUAAUUAUAUAGGCGAAUUUAAUUCCAAUUGCUUUAAUCCAGAUGAAGGUAAAAUAACAAAAAAAUAAAUAAACAAAAAAAAUAUUUUAUUUAUUUUAUGUAAAUAUAAAUUUUUUAAUGAUUUCUCUUUGUAAAAAAUAGAAGGAUUAAAGGUGUAUACUUUAGAGUAUUAUUAAUUUUUCUACACAAAAAAAGAAGUUUAAUAAUUCUCCAGGGGAAGUUUAAAGUUCUUAUUCUACUUAUAAAAUCUAAACACAGAUAAAGACAUUUUAAAUAUAAUUGGAAUAUUUAAUAAUUUAUAUGUCAUCUAUGACAAAUCUAUUUUUGUUUAUUCCUUAGGUUAUAAUGAGCUUAUAUAAACUAUUGAUAUGCCAAAUAUAGUUCUAAAUACUAACUGUACUAAAAUAAUUAGUAAAGAUAUACUAGAAGAUGAUAUUACUCUACUGAUAACAUACUCAUCAUCUUUAUAAAAUAUUUAUGUCUUUGAUUUAAUGGAUAUGAAAAAUAUAAAGUUUCAAUUCGAGAUAGGAUAGAACAUAAUUGAAUUCUAUGUGAUACCUGAAACGAAUAGACUAAUUAUAUUUACUGAGUUUAGGGUUUUUACCUAUUCUUCCUUUUUAGAAUAGAAUGAACCUAUCGAUUAAUAAUAUAUUGAUGAACUAACUUAAGUGGACUGGAUUAAAUGCUUUUCUUUAAUCCCUACUUCAUAAGAUUAAUAGAUAUUAUUUAUUUUAUUGAAUGGUUUAAGUAUUUUUAUAUUUAACUCAAAUUCUUAUGCUUUAACUAGAGUAGCAGCUAAAAGUGAUUAUGGUUAUUUACUUGAGCAAUCCAAUUAAAUAGCUUUUGUUUACUAAAAUUAUUUGUAUUUUGUAGGUAUAAAAGACCUGAUUUUAAAUUGCUCUAAUGAAAUAGAUUGUUUGAAUUAAAAUAAAGAUUUAAUUUUAUUUAAAACCUAAAUCUUUUCUGAGGAAUUCUAUUUUGUAUCCGAGUUCAAUAAUCAUAUCUAUGUAUCAACUAAAAAUUCCUUUUAGCUUUCAGUAUAUGACAGAAAUUUCAAACUUAAUUCUAUUUUCUCAGAUAUUUAAAAGCCUAUUAAAAAUACAUUUUUUCAUAAUGAAUAAAUUUAAUCAGAAUAGUAAAAAAGCUUUUUGGUAAUUAGUUAUGACAAUAAUGCUUUGAUUCUUCAACCUGAUUAGGAGCCUAAGCAAUUAUUUAGCUUUUGUAAUGAAAAUAAUAUUGAGGUGUAAAGAAUAUAAGAGUAUGGAGGUGUUAAUAUAGAUUAAGAAAGACAUAUAUUAAUUAAUGUUGCAAUAAGUAUGAAAGGAAAUUUAAUAAUUUUAAUGAGUAAAAAUGGUUAGGCACUUUUUCAAAAAGAGCUUAAAGGUGAUGAAAUAAUAAAUGGUUUAAAAAUAAUACGAUAGAAUUUCAAAAUACUAAUUAAUUCAAGUAGCAGAUUAAUCAAAGUUUUCGGUCUUUUAAACAGCUAAGAACAAGAACUAAUAUUAACAAUACAUUAUUUUAACUUUCACAUAUCCCCAAAUUAUGAGGUUUAUUUCUAAGUGGAAAGAAUCGUUUCUGAUUAAAUAUUUUUAGCUAAAGAGAGCAGAGAAUCAAGCAGCUGCUUGUAUUUUUAGUUAGUAAACAAUUAAAAGAGUAAAUUAAUUACUUGUGAAUUGCAAAAUUUUAAAGAGAUAAAGGACAACAAUAAAUAUAUCGCUAUAUCUAUUUCUGAUGUUUAAAAUAAAUAAAGCAUGAUUAAAAUAAUUGAAAAAGAUAGUUUAUAGUUAUACAAGCAGAUAGAUAUUGAAAUCGAAGAAUUUAAUUUAGAGUUUUUAGAUACUUCAAAUAUACUUAUCAUUUCAUCUGGAAAAUUUGCCAAGUUUAACUUAGAAACUAUUGAAUAAAAUUAAAUUGAUUACACAUUAAAUUAAAUAACUGGCAGAAUAUUUAAAUAUCAGAUAGAAUAGUAAAAGACUUGGAUGAUUGUUUAAGAACUCAAGUAAAAAAUGUUUAUAUUUCACUUUAUUGACUUACUUUCUACAGCAGUUUAACAGAUCGAUAAUAAAAUUAUACCUUUGAUUGCUUUAGACGAUACAAAUUACGUUCCUUACCUCUCUGAUUUAAACUGCACAUUUUAGGUUUUUCCUUAAAGCCAAUACAAUGAAGGAAACUACUUUCAAAUAGUUGCAUCUAAAUAUUUAGGAAGUGAUGAAAUGGAAAUUUAUUCAAAUAGUAUUAUGACUUACAAGGUAGUUAGUAACAGUGAGAUAAAAUUAAUUGAUAAAAAAAGAAUUCAAUAGAAAGAUAGUGUUGAAAAUCAUUAAUUAAUAGAAGGUCCAUUUUCUUAAAACAAACUUCAAUUCUACAAUUAACUUAACAGUAAAGAAUAAAUAAGUGUUCUCUGCAGCUUUUAAUGUCAAUACACAGAAAAUAUAGAAAAGUAUUAGAUUUUAUAUAAAAAUUAGAAAAUUCCUUAUAUUAUUAAGCAAAUAUUUUCGGAUAGAAUAUUUUUAGAUGAUUAUUAUUAAAAUACUAUGUACUCUGAUAAGUGGCAGAUUUUAGCUAUCGAGGCUUACUAAAAUGCUGAUAAAUAGAUAUUAGCAAACAGAAGGAUAGAUUUAUUUAAAUAUCCUGAAAAGCAAAUCAUUUUUUCUUAUUCUAUUAAAGUACUUUGCGAGAUAUUUACAUAUUAAAUGGUAGGAAUAUAUGAUACUCUUAUUAUUUGUGAUAACAUGAAUAUAUUAGUUUAUAGUUUGCAAGAAAUUUCUUCGAAUUAUAAAAAAUAUUCUUAAGGAACAAAUUAAUAAAUUUUUCUCUUUCCUGAUUUUAUUCAUAGCUUUUAAAUGGAUUACCCAGAAAAAGCAGAUCAAUUUGCUUUUUUCUCGUAAGUAGAUCCUUAAAUCAUCUUAAACUUGUAUGGUGUUUAUGACUUUUUAGAGAACAAAUUUUAUGAGCAACGAGAACUAUUGAUUAAUGAUUAAAAUCAGUAAGAAAAGAAUUAUCUACUUGAAAGUAAAACACAUCUUUACUAUACUCUUAACUAAAAUGUUUACUUUUAUGAUAAAUAAAAAUAUAAGCAAUAAUUAAAUGCCAAUUUCUCUUAGGAUUUAGUAAAUUUUUCCUUUAACAAUAAGGGUGGAUAAUUAAAUUUAGAAAGAGAUUUCAUUAUAGAGAUACAUGUAAGUUUAAGUAGUGAAGAAAAUAUUGUUUUUAUUUAUGCUUUUAAAAAUGGUUAACUCUAUUACAUAAAUAUCGAUAAUGAUAGCUUAGACUUUUAAACUUAAUAAAUUAAUUUGUAAUAGUUUGAUUUUUAAAAUUUCAUUUUAAUCUGCCCAGGUCCUAAAGUUUAAUUUGCUCUUAUUGAUGAUAAUUUCAACCUUAUAGCUUAAAAAUCUAACCUAGAUACCCCUUGUAGAGCAUAGCUCCCUCAAUAAUUCAUUGGUAAUGUUAAAGGUAUUUAAAAUUUGAAUUUAAUCAUUGAUUAAGAGAGAGUUUAAUUGAUUUUUAUAUCUACUGAAUAAGUACUGAGUGUAUAUAACUUUUAAUGUGGUAAUUUAUGGUAAAAAAAUGAUAUAUUCAAUACCGUAUAAGCUAUAAUUGAAGACAAUCACACUCAAUAAAUUUAUAUUGCAGAUAGCUAUUUCAUAUAUGUGAUAAAAUAUCAAGAUUUGCUAAAAAAAGAAUAAGAGAGAAAUAUCAUCGCUGCUUAAUUUCAAUUGUAGGCUCGAAUUCAAGUCAAACUUUAAAAAUUGAAUGAUAAUUUAUUGGCAGCAUUAAGUGCUUCGAAAAUUCAUAUUUUUGAAGUUUAAAAAUCAUUUACUUUGAUGUUAUACAUAAAAAAUAAAGAUUUUGUUUAAAUUAAGCAAAUAUUUUUGAUAGAAUAGGAAUAUGUAGUUAUUUCGGAUGUAAAUAAAUUAUAUAUCUACAAAAUAUUAGCAGAUUAAACUGAAACAUAAAUAAAAACACUCACUAAAAGUGGUGGUUCCUAUUCAUCAUAUAGCUCUACUUCUUCUAAUACUCACAAUUAUAAAAGUAACUAAGGAGAUAAUUCUGAAUAUUACUCUCAAAAAAUAAUUAAUAGAAAAAUAGCAAUACCUAUCUAUGAUUAAGCUUACUUGUCUAUUUAGAUUUUAAAGGUAGAAACUUUUACUAACGAAGAUUCUGUUUUUAUCAGAAUAAUAGGUGCUGAUUUUAACAAUUUAAUUGAUAUAACUAGAUAAAUAAAAUUUAACUCUGAAUGGAACUCAAACUAUAAGGUUUUUGAAUCGAAAUAAUGUGUGGCUAAUUACGUAAUCUAAAAAAGUUAGUACUAAUAAUUAAUUUAAUAUGAUGAUAUUUAUUCUCAAAAUGAAGGGCUGUAUAACUAGAUUAAUUUUAGAUUUCCUUCUUAAAUUGUUGAAGAAGAAGACAAUUCAGAUGAGGAUUCUUUAAAAUCAAAAUAAUAAAACUAUCUAGUUAUUCCAAAUUCUUUGAAGUUUAAAACUAAAAUGUAUUCUUAUUUCGUUUAUGAUCUCUGCAAUAAUAACGUUUAUAUUCCUCCCUCAACAAUUAAGAGUUCAGUUAUAAAUAAAUUAAAGGUAAUGAAUGGGACUUUAUAGCAACAUAAUAGUGAAGAUAAUGAAAACAAUACUUCUGAGAUCAUUUAAUUUGUAUCUUUGAAAUACGUUCAUUUUGAAAAUAUUGAACUCAAAAAAAGUCUGUUUUUUGAUGAUUGUGAUUAAGUAAUACUUGAGAAUAUUUUAAUAAAUUCCGAAGAACAAAUUUUAAUCUAAUUUUAAAAUAUAUCGACAAUAUAUAUUAAAAAUUUAACAAUUCAUUAAUCCUUUCUAAGUUAUUAAUUUAUAUUUGUAGAAGCUUCUGGUUUUUUGAACAUAACAUAGCUUAAUGUUUAUGGAGAUGCUAAUAAUAAUUCAUUUAAAUAUCCUGACUAAGAAGAAAUUGAAAAUUAUGGGUGGAUAAGUUUAAUUUCAUGCUAAGAGGUUGUGAUUGCAGAUGUCAACUUUACUAAUGUAAAUAUUGCUAUUGAUCUAUUCUUUUUACAGGACAUCGAUCAGCUCUUACUCCAAAAUUUUUCAUUCUUAAAUUUAAAUUUAUAAUUUGAUUUCUAAGAAAAUGAUUCUAAUAAAAUAAAUGAAUAGCCAAAUAGCCAAAUAAACAAUUAAAAAAUAGUUAAUCUAACAGAUUCAAAUUAUCUUGAUUAAUACAUUAAUUUACCAACAAACUCUUAAUUAAUAACAUGCAUCUUCAGAAUUAUUUAUGUCAAAACUUAAUUGAAGAUAAUGAACAUAUUUUUAGAAAAGAGUAAUGUAUCUAUGCUAAUACACUUUAAUAAAACUAUAACAAUAGAUUAUUCUGCCAAUUAAAAAUUUUCAUAAUUGAACGAAUCAAACAAGCUCCAAAUUCAAAUAUUUAAUAUCACAUCUUAUCAAUUGGAGUAAGUAUAGCCUUAUGUAUGCCAUUUCAGUGAUUAUAUUUUUAUUGAAGCUCAAAAUAUAACCAUUUAAGAUUUAAAUAUUUACCAGGCAAAGUGUUUUUAGUCAAUAAUUCGUUGUUAAAAUGCUAAUGCAGUUAAAAUUAUCAAUUCCAAUAUUAUUUUAGCAGAUAAUAUUAACUUUUUAUUUUAUUUCUCUUAAAAUUAAAAUUUAACUGUUGAAAACGCAACUAUCUAACAAAACAACUAAUUGCAUCAUUUUUUCGGUAUCGUUUAAUGUUAAAAUUCUUUAUUGAAAAAUAUUUCAGUUUAUCCCUACGUCUUAAAAAAUUAUCAAUAAUAAUAAAAAAUUUUUAUUUCUAAAAUUAUUAAUACUGCUAUACUUAUUUAUGGAAAAUAAGAUGCAAAUAACUUAGUUAUAAUCUAAGAUUCAUUAAUUUAAUACCUUAAAAGCAGCAGUAGCAAUGGAACAGCAAUUUAAAUUUACCAAGCUUCUCUUAGAUUUUCAAAUGUUAAAUUAAGUAAAAAUUCAGCUGGUUUAAAUGGAGGUGCGAUAUAUUCUAAAUCUUCAUCUAUCACAUUAUCUAAAACAAUCAUAGAAUACAAUAACGCUACAUUUUCAGGUGGGGCUAUUUUUUCAAUAAAUACGACUAUUCAAAUAAUAGAAGAAAAUGCAAUUAAUUCAACUGAGAAGACACUAAUAUAAUAUAAUUAUGCUGCCAUAGGAGGUGGAAUACGCUAUUUCAAGUAAACAAUAGACUAGGUAAAAGGUAGUUUUAAAAAUAACAAGGCUAUUUUUUUUGGUUAAGAUUACACAAAUUUUCCAUAAAGGUUAAUGAUUGUAAACUCCUAAAAUAGUAAUGAGGUAGAUGACGUUGUUUCAAGUAUCUCGUAUAUUUAAUAAGAAAUUUAAUUUUUUUGGCUGGAUGAACAAAAUUAGAAACUGAAUUAUUUAUCUAAAGAGAUAGAUUUAACAAACACAAAAUACUAAAUAUUGCAAAGAGAGUUAAUUCAAUAUUCUACGCUUAUGAUGUCUUCAGAAAAAAUAUAAAUCAACAGGAGUAAAAAAGAGUUAGAAAUCGUAGGAGAAAUUUUUCGAAGCAAUGAUGGCUUUCAGUACAUACUUACAAAAUUAAGUUACUUAUUAAGGCCAAAGGAGUAAGCCGAAAUUAAAGUUAGAACUAUGAUAAAUUUUCCAGGAGAUGAGGGAAAGAGAUAAGAUUAGAAGGAGAUAACAAUAACCAUCUAAUUCCGAGAAUGCAUAUCGGGUGAAGUCUUUAAUUCCUUUGAUCGUUAAAUCUAUGAGUGCCUUGAAUGUAAAGAUAAUACAUUUUCUCUAGUAAAACCAAGUUCUUUUACGCAAAAAUGUUUAAUGUGUCCUGAUAUUGCAAAAAAAUGCUAUAAAAAUGUUAUCGAAAUCAAAGAAGGAUAUUGGAUUGAGCCAAAUACUACAAACAUUUAUUACUGCUUUAACAAUCCUAAUAAGUGUCAGCCUAGAGAAAUAAAUGGUUGUAGCUAAGGUGGAUUUGGCCCUCGCUGUGAGAGUUGUGAUUAUCAGGGAGAAAUUUGGAAAGGCCAAGGUUACACGAAAUAUCGAGAUUAUGAAUGUUAGGAAUGUGGUGAUGAUUAGAAUUUAAGAUUAGUUUUGGUUUCACUUUUUAUUGUCUUGUUUCCAUUUUUUUUCACAUAUCUAGCUCAUUAAGUUACCUUUGAGGCUGAAGCAACUCUGAAAGCAUAUUACCUAAAGAGAGCAGGUAUAAUUAAUUUAGGGCUCUCAAUAGAUGAUGUGAGUUUUAGCAUUUUAGCUAAAUUUAUUAUAAAUUACAUUUAGAUCAUAUAAAUAGUUCUAUAUUUUAACUUUAGACUUCCAGAUAUAUUAGAAGUAAUAAUCUAUUUUCUAGGCAAUCCUUUAUAAAUAAGCUAAUAUUUCUUGGACUGCUUUUUUAUAAAAAAUGGUUGGACGAAUUACAUUGAAAUAAUCUACAUUAGGCUUCUAUGGUUAAUAAUUAAUACACUUCUUUACAUAAUCUUUUCUAAUAUAAUAGCCUACUUUGUUGCACACUUAAAAUAUAAAAAAUCUUAUUACACGAAGGACGCUAUCAAAAGAUUUGUUAGAAACUGUAUGUACUAUCUCUAUUUUAUGAUAUUUCCAAGUCUCCUUUCUUAGCUAAUAACCAUUUUAUCCUGUGAACAGAUAGGCACAUAAAAAUAUGUUUAUUCAGACAAUUAGUUUUUAUGCUAUUCUGAUCAGCAUUUAUAUAUAGGAUUUCCUAUCGCUGCUCCUUUAAUAUUCUUACUCUUAGUUAAAUUUCCUAUUUACAUUUUAUUUGAGCUCAAAGCAAAUAAAAAUAAUUUUUAUAAGAUUUCUUUUUACUUGAGACAAAGGUUUUUCUUUUCUGAAUACAAAUCACAGUAUUAUUAUUGGGAAUUAGUCAAAAUUAUAUAAAAAGGGUUAUUAUUCUUAGCAUUAAGUGUUUACAAUGAAAGUCAAAUAACAAAAGGAGCAUUAUUAAGCGUAAUAAUGAUAAUUUAUAUCAGAAAAUAGCAUUUAUCAAAUCCAUAUAAGAGACUCUUUUUAAAUUAACUAGAUUAAGCAGCUAGUUUUAUCUAAUUAAUAUGCAUAUAAUUAGGAAUGAUUUAUAUUACCACUGAUGAUGAAGAUAUUUAAAAACUAAUGUUUGCCUCAUUUAUACUUUUGAAUACUCUUUUUUUUAUCUUUUUCAUCAUUGCUCUGUUUAAAGAAAAGUUUUCAUAUAACAAAGACAUGCUUAUUUAUCCAUGCAUUUAGAGAAUAAUUUAGAAGAUCCCGUUCACAUAAAAAUAUUUACAUACACCAAGGAAUGCAUACAUGUCGCAUAAAGGUUGGAAAAAAGUUUAAAUGACUGUAAGAAAAAUAGGUUACUAAACAUUAGCACUUUACUUCAUAGAUUCUAAAAUGGUAUAAUUUUCCAAGAAUAUUUUUAAAAGGGAUAAAAAUUCUUCUCAAACGCCACCUUUUGUUUAAUCUGUAAAAUAAAUAAAGCCUCAAUAAAAUAAUGAAAUCAUAAAUCUUUAGAAUAGCAAAAGCAAAUGUUCUAAAAAAAGUUUAUUCUAUGAAACACAAUCCAAAGAAGAUAUUAAAAAUAUAACCUCUUUAAUAAUAUCUUCUGAUUAAUAGUUGUAAUCAAUAAAUUCAGUAAAACUGUCUAAACCUAUAAAAAUUCCAAAUGAAGACUGCCUUCCAUCUGAAAUGAUGCUAGACAAAAAACUUAAUUCUGAAUAAACUAUUCAAAAAUUACCAGAAACAAAAAAUUUUAAAUGUAUGAAAACAAAUAUUAAUAGUAUGUGA